AUGAUUUUUAUUUUAUGGACAGUAAUCGUUUUAGGACAUUUUUUGACUUUCAUUUCUGCUCAGGAUGUUCUUUUCCCACAUGGUUACUUUGACAUGAGAAACUUGAAGGCAAAAGAUGCUAUUUAUCUUCAUUUGCUGGCCCUUUCUUCUAUUGAAUACGGCGGAAUCACUGAAGAAGAGCUGCAAAAAGAAAUCGAGGAAACUGGGCUGUUUCCUAAGGGUUUUCUAAAGACAACGACGACACAAAUCCCGCAACUGUUUAGUGAAAUACCGUCAAUUCACUCGUCAACUACAGGUUCUGAUUUUGGAUUUAUCGAGCAGGAAACAGUGGUCACUACUCCGAAAACACCUUUUCGUCGUUUACGAGAUGGUAAGUUUUGUUUCCGGUUUUGCAGUUUCAUAUGCUGUAGCGAUAAUGGGCUUUUUUUUACUAUCAAAACACAACUGUUGUUCCCUUCGCCCUUCUCUUUAAAAAGUUUGGUAUUAUUUUCCCAUAAGGCAGAAAUAUAA